AUGUUAUUAAUAAGAAGGCUUCCAAAAUUUUUAUUUUGUCAAAAUUAAAACAUUGACAAGAAAAAUGUUACUGUAAAUAUGGAAUAGAUAAAAUAAAGAAUAAUGGAUAGAAAGACUGAGUUGCCAUUUAAGGAUCCAUCGAUAAGUAAGCCGAGAGAAUUUUAUGAUACAAAAUAAAAUAAAAGGAAAACAGAGUAUAUAUUCGAUUUUAUUGAUCCAACACUGCAUAACAAACCCUUUUUAUAGCAAGUGUUCGGAUUGGGCAAUGGGUACUUUUCAGUGAAUGAUGUCUGGUAUCCGGGUAGCAUUUUAAUAUUUCCUUAAUAAAUAUUUUUAUGGGAUGUAUAGACUGCAGCCGAUAUAAGGGCACAUAGUUUUGAUAUUUUGGAAGUGAUAAAGCCAAGACCAAGUGAAAAUUGAUUAAUAUAUGAGUAGGCUAUGUAUUGAUUGGGACAGGAAGAGAGAAGCAAGAUUUGCCAGAUUCAUAUUUUGAGAAGUUUAAAAAGUUUGGUAUAAAGGUGGAUGUUGUCGCAACAUUUGAAGCGUGCAGUCAUUUCAAUUUUUGUAGUGAAGAACAAAGAGAUGUUUGUGCUUUUAUGAUUCCUUAGAAUUUAUGAAUUAAUAUUAAUAUAUAUAUAUAGAUAGAAAUGUUAUCGCAAUAAUUGUUAUCUCAAUGGAGGAAGGGUCCUACAAAUAGUGUAUCCUUAGAACCUGGACGUAUUAAAUAAUUAAUUCGAUAGAUGGCAGAGGGAUCUUCUGUAUGGACAUAAUGAAGGAUCAUUUGGUUACUGGAUCAGCCGAUCAUGGUUUGAGAUGUUACAAUCUAUCUUCUCUGAAAUACGAGAAAGAAUUAUAUGCAAAGAGAUAUGGUCAUACAGAAUGGGUUAGUUCAGUGUAGCAUUUGUAAAAUGGGUAAAUAAUAUCUGCAGGGAUGGACAGCAAGCUCUGUUUAUGGGAUGCAAAGGGUGUAAGAUGUAAUGAUUUGGUUGGACAUCAAGGAUCGAUUACUAAAUUGAUGGUGGAUGAAUAGUCAGUUUGUAUUUCAAGUUCAUAUGAUUAAACAUUGGUGAUUUGGCAAUUAAGUUCAAUGUAAGAGAGUAGGAAAUUGUUUGGACCACAUAAAAGUGCAGUGUUAGAUUUUGAUUGGAAAAACUCAUUGUGUGUGAGUGGUGAUAAAUAGGGUACUGUGGUGUUUUGGGAUAUCAAUGAAGGAGAGCCAGUGAUGUCAAAGCAUGCUCAUUAAGGCGCUGUGUCCAAAUGCUUAUUGUACUCAGAUGGGGGGAGUAACAACCUUGUUAUUACGGCUGGUAUUAAUGAUGGAACAUUGAUUAUUCAUGAUAUGAGGACCAAUAAAUUGGUAAAUUAGAGUUAGAUUCAUAAGGGAUCAAUUAAUGGUCUGACAGUGAAUCUAUAGAAUUUUAGUAAGACUUUCAAUAAAAUUGUUAGUAAUUACUGGCAGUGCUGAUGCAACUUGCAAGAUAAUCGACAUUGUUGCUGGAUUCAAGCCAGUUUCUAUGAUGAAGGCAAAGGAUGCGGUGUUUUCAAUUGAGACCAUUUAUAAUAUGACAAUUGCGGGGUGUGGAGAUGGCAACAUCUUGUUUUAUGACAACGAUUCUGGUUAAUGCCUGUAUGGAUUUGGGGCGAUGAACAAGGGUUGUGUGAGAUAGAUGAAAAUAAAUGACAAUAAAACAAAGUUGGUUGCUGUAGGUGAUGAUUUUUCACCGAUGGUUUUGUAGUAUUCAUGA